UAAAAGGUGUCUUGCUGCCUUAUAAAUAACUUGUUUGGAGUAUUAUCAGCACCGUUUGAGAUAUAGCUUAGGGAUAGCAUAGCCGGGUCAAACUUCAUAUCAACAGAGUUGUUUGACACUUUCAAUGGAGUUACAAUGACGGUCUAUUUAUGUAGUAUUUGUUUGCAGCCUUCUUGCCACCAUGGUGACGGAGGGAGUAAACGACAGAGAGCAUCUUGGUGUGUGUGUGUGCGUGUGUGCGUGCGUGCGUGCGUGCGCGCGCGCGUACGUGUACGUGUCCAGCCUCCUCCAUAGGCCAUUGUCAAAAGAGCACAAGUCUGUCUUGUCAAUGAUUUCCCCUCCUACAUAUAUGCCUUAUGAUUGGCCAGACUCGACAGGAACGCAGCUUUUACCGACCAAUAAGCAGAGGGCCUGGAGGGGUCCUGCCCUUGGACCAAAAUAACCCAGUAAAUACACUGCAGGCACUAUGAGAAGUAGAGCUGGCCCACUAGUGAAUGCUUUGUGUACAAACAAGGGAUGCUUGUCAGCCGCGUACUGCUGAUCCCUGCCGGCCACUGUUCUCCUCUGUAGUGAUAAGCACAACUCACUGAGAGGCACGUCGAUACCAAUGUUUGUGUUUCUCUGUUCACGGAUACAGGAUGGAGCGGUUACAAACAGGGAUGAGACAGUGUUAUUAGCACAGCAUUACUCCACUUCCGCGUACUUAACACACCUCACAGCACAGAUUAUCCAUCGCACAAGCUGCCGUACAUAAUGGACAACUAGCGUGUGGCCCAUGCAAUAUGUUUAUGUGGAUGUGUGGGGCAGAUGCAGUUUGAUUUGCUGAUUGACUUUAAAGCUGGCCACUCUGUUUUCUAGUUUAAUGAGUUGACCUGACAGUAAAGUCUAACAAGGAGGAAUGACAUCAGUUUUUAGGCUCAUAAACCGUCAAGAUCAGAGCUGUGUCAUCUCCUCAGGAGGCAUGACAGACAAUAGGGAAAUAUUGCUGAUUACAAACUUUAAACUUGAAAACAGUGUGGUCCUCUGGAUCCUGUAUCAUAUUGAUUUUAGAAAAUAAACAUCCUCCUUACUGUAAUGUUCUGAAUUGAAAACAUUUGAGCUAUUGUGCAAGAUCUCACCACUAGGAGGCUCUCUUUAAAGGGCUUGUCAGCCCUCAUCCUACCCUUUGUUGUUUCUUUGCUACUACUGUUUCUUGUAAACAAAUCUGUGGAACCGUUUCUUGUAAACGAAUCUGUGGAGCCGUUUCUCGUGAACAAACCUGACAGCACUACGUCAGAGGAAUUCUUGUCGUAAUCUGAACUCACCAGAGGGAUUUGCCCACUGAAAUAGACUGUAAUACUUGAAAUAAUAGUGAUGGUUACAAAACUGUGUGUCAUACCUUUUGUUUUGAAAACAUCUGUCUUUAUAGUUUCUCUUGUGUUAUCACAAUUCCACAAUUGUGAAAUAAACCUUUAUCCAUAUGUGUCACUUCUUAGGUGUAUGCUUUGAUUUGUACCUAAAUUCCUACCCACAACAAUACAGUGAACUGGACUUUUAAAUAAAUUAUUAUUUUAACAAGGCUUAAGUUUAUUAUAAUUAACCCUGGAUGGACACAGAUUAAAUGUUAUGUGUUAUUUACCUUUUGUCUCGAAGCUGUGAGAUUUACGUGUGCUUUUUCAUGCAUGUGAGAGUGCAAUUAAAGAAGUAAAUAUGCUGAUUCACUGCCCCAUGGUCCAGAAAAACAAAAUGAGGAAUUGCCUUCAGGGUUUGAGUGUGUUCAUGCACACACACUUGUAGUUGCUGUGUGUGAACGCUGUGCAAACUGCUUUAAGACGGAGGCUGGACUAAAGGUGGAGCUCCACAUAAGGCAGAAGGAGAAGGAGAGGAGUUUGCUGGACACAGGGCUCUCCUUGUUGUUGGCCCAGACUACGGUAUUCAGGCUAAUUUAAGGGAAGAGGAGGAGGCGGAGGAGGAGGAAUAGGAAGCUGAGCUGGUAGUUUACUGAGGGAGGAAGGUGACUAAUCGUGAAUGUCACUCAGCGUACUGUAACUCAGGCUGGUGGAGGGAGGAGUGGCUGGACAACCACUGAACCGGCAUAUGUAUGCAGUAGUUGGUCCAGCCCAGCCAGUAAACAGCUGUCUGUUUCUGUCAGAGAGAGUGUGCAUCAACACGUGGAGGAGCAGUAAUCUCUUGGAUACACUAUGAUGUCUUUGGGAUAGUUGGAGAGUUGCUGUUUCUUCACCCAUCUCUGUUCCGUGACCUCUACAUGCAGAUUACCAUCCACUGUCUCCAGAGGCCUGACAUGUAGUCAGCAGCGUAAAGCAGAGCACAUUCGUCUUUGUGAACCCUUUUCCUCUCAAACAGCUUACUCUACCUCUCGGGCUGGACUGCGGUGCCCUGACGCCGGCUCGCCCUCCCCUGCCCCCUCGCCCCACAGCUAUGGCCUCACGCAUCGGGCUGCGUAUGCAGCUGAUGCGAGACCAGCUGCAGCAAGAGGAGCAGCGCGAGCGGGAGCAGCGGCAGCAGAAUGCAGUCAUGCAGCCUUACAUGCAGCAACGCAUGGCCGGGCCGCCUGCACCCACCCCGGCCAUCAGCACCCCACAGCAUUACCAAAGCAUGCAGGUCCCUGUGGAGGUUCUCAAGGUACAGACUCACCUCGAGAACCCCACAGACUACCACAUCCGACAGUCACAGAGGCAACAGCUGAAAGAAUAUCUGUCUACAACCAAUGCCACCAAACAGACGGUCCACGCAGCCGCAGGCCUGAUUCCACCCACUUCUCCCUCAAAAAUGGGACCCAUAGGGGGGUCCGCGUCUGCCCCACCGCCCCUCCAGUCCCCACACAUGCGCACCGAGCAGCUCCUGUCUGGCAACAGUGCACCCAACAGCCCCAUGGCCAUGCUCAACAUCAGCUCCAGCCACGAGAAUGAGAUGGAUGAGGUAAUUGAUGACAUCAUCAGCAUGCAGUCCAGUUACGAUGAUAUUCAGGCAUACAUUGACCCUGUCCAGAUGCCCAACACACUCCCUCUGUCUAGCAGUCACCUGGAUGUGUACACGGGUCCUGGGAUGAAGGGGCCAGCCAUUGCCAUGACCAGUAACUCCUGUCCCGCCAACCUGACCGUCAAACGAGAACUGACAGAAGCCCGAGCAAUGGCCAAGGAGAGACAGAAAAAAGACAACCACAAUCUGAUUGAAAGGAGGAGGAGAUUCAACAUCAAUGAUCGUAUCAAAGAGCUGGGCACCAUGAUCCCCAAAACCAAUGACCUUGUGCAUAGUGAUGUGCGCUGGAACAAAGGCACUAUAUUGCGGGCAUCUGUCGAGUACAUCAAACGCAUGCAGAAGGACAUGCAUAGGAGCAGAGAGGUGGAAAACAACUUCAAAAGGAUGGAAAUGGCCAACAAACAGCUCUUGCUACGCAUCCAGGAGUUGGAGAUGCAGGCUCAUGUGCAUGGCCUGCCCAACACCUCUCCCUCUGGCCUGAACCUGUCUGACCUGAUGUCUCCCUAUAUCAAACAAGAGUUGAGCCCAGAGGAUAAGCUUUCUCACCCUCAAAUACAAGCCCACCACCAGCCCCAGCACCUUCCCCGGAACCAGGCUCAGCCCCAGCAACACCAGCACCACUUCCUCCCGCAAAACCACCUUCAACUUCAGGGCCAGGCUCAGCCACAGCAAAGGCAGCUGCAGCAGCUCCCCCAGCACCUCCAGCAGCAAGCGCCCAUCCAGUACCCAGCUGUAGGCAGCUCCCAGCCCUUUGACUAUGCCCAGUCGCUGGACUUGUGCGAUGGCAUACCUGGCUUCUCAGACGGCAUAUCGGGGCUGGGCGACCUGAGCGGACUGGACGUCCAAGGGAGGAGAACCGACCUGGGCUUCCUGAUGAUGGACGAGCCCCUGUCCCCAAUGGGUGGAGACCCGCUGCUCUCCGCGAUGUCCCCCGAGGCCUCGAUCGACUCCAGCCGCAGAUCCAGCUUCAGCAUAGAGGAUGGAGACAUACUGUAGACACAUAUACACACUUACACACACUUAUACACAUAGAAGCACAUGCAGAGGUUUCACAGAGGGUGCAGUAAACACGUUAAAGUGACAGCGCAAACUGCGACACAUGUGCAGCACAUACAGGAGAAAGAAAUCAGCCACCAGAAAUCACAGCAGACAUUCACCCAGCACAAACUGGCAGCAUGCUGCACACAAACACACACUGGUGACACGCGAUAAUUGUGGUACAAAGGGUACAAGCAAAAAAAGGUACACGACUCUCACACAGUUGAAAAAAUGAUGUACAGUGCAACCGUCUGCACUCGCGCACACACACACACACACACCCACGCACACACACACAAGCGCGUACAAGAUAACCUGAGCAGUUUGAAACUUUGCCUGACAGACUGAGCAUUUACAAGGGGGGAGUCAGCACUGCCAGGUCAGGAGUUAUAUAGCGCACUUGGCCUUGUUUCCAUGAAGGUGGCUCUGAAUCAUAAUUGAACAAGGGACAAAAACCAGCAGUUAAUUAGAUUGAAGUUAUCAGAUACAAGGACAACCGAGUUCAUUGUCUCACUUGAUGGAGGACAAGUUAUUUUCCCCUUUACAUCAACCUCUUUUAGUAACCAUAAAUGAUUGAAGGAACGAUAGUGAAUAAAAUGGAAAUAGCUUCAUGGUCCUGCAUACAUAAUUUAUCUUGAGCGGAGGAUGCAGUCGAGUCACAGCGUUCUGCUUCUCAAUCUGGAUUUACACAUGAGUUUGACAAAGAUUUGGUCUCAAUUUAUUGCAUCUUUCCCUCUUUUAGUUUAUGAUUGUCAGGAGAUUUGUCUCCCCACAAGCACGUUCACAUGCGCACACACACACACACACACUCACACACUGCUGUCCCCUCCGUUUCUACACCUUGAAAAAAGAAAACCAUUUGAUGGUCUUCAAAUAGUCUCAUCAGAAUCUGUGAGGUGUCAAAAUACUCAGGUACUGUAACACGAUACACGAGCAGGAUCAUUUUUUUAAGUAGAAGCAGAUGUUAACCUGAACUGUUUCGGGGCCACAGCUCUGAUCAUUGUGCCUUUUUGAUUUGUGCAGCUGCUGCUCCCCGUGUUUUAUAGGUUAGAGGUCAUGACCAGGGAUUUUGGUAAUAAUAUCAAGUUCCGUUAUGCCUGUAAAAGCUUUACAGUUACCAUUAAUAAUGCAGUAGAUAAACAGUAAAUGCUUCUGUCACUGAAACGAGCGACCCUGCAGGGCUCGAACCAGAGGCCCAGAUGGAGGAAAGAUAGAGUUACAGGGUUUGAUGCUGGAGAGAGAGAGAGAGAUGGAGAAAGAGAUGAUUUGUCUCGACUGACAGCAGCAGUGGUUGUAGUCUUCACUGGAAAAUCACACUUGCAUGCAUUCUCACGCUUUGGUUCACAAACUAACAUGCAUACACUCGCCCAGUACACGCAUACACACGCACAUACAUACACUGCAGUGUGCUUUGAGCUGUUCUCAGAUCAGCACAUUAACAAGUCCCCCGUGCUUUGGUCUCUCCUGCUGAUGAGUUGAGUGUAGCUCCCAGCCACAGAGGUAAAUCACAGGCCUGCUGUCCAGCGCGCCACACACAGGGAGUCUGUUAACCCACUGGCAACUGUCCACACAGCCAGGACGGGAGCAGGUGAACCUGACUUGUGCCUCUGCUGUGGUAAACCCGGGGCUUGGCUUUGAUUUGACAUAGCUUAUGAUCAGUAAUGAUAAAAGUAGAAAAAAAUCUUUGAAGGUGAUUUUUUUUUUUUAUUAUUAAAAUAAGUGUUUGUUUUCUUUAAUAUAUAGUUUGUUGUUUAUUUUAUCCCCCAAAGCACUGGAAACUAUAUUAUUGUUUUUGAACUUUGUACAUGGAAGAAUUAUGAAAUAAGAUUUAUUUCAGAUAUUUUAUGACGCUAAGCCACUUAAAUGUAUUUUUAUUUGUAUCUGUUGUUUUAGUUUUAUUUCAGUUUUAUUCCAAAAGUUACCAUUUUCAAGAAGUACACUGUACAGACGUUAAUGCCGCCAAUGUUUUGUCACGUUGAGAGGGGAAAGCCGUUUAUAAACUUCCAAAUUUCAAGUAACUAAAGAGAUGAAGAGAUGAUGUAGUUUUAUGAUGCCAUUUUUUUUUACGUGAUUUGGAUUUUAUUUUCUCUCUUUAAACAUUGAAAUUUGGAGCCAGACGUAGAUGGAAGGUGAUUCUUUGAGUUCAUUAAGUUCAAAUAGCUCAUUUUAUGAAUGUAUGGUUUUACUAGUGGUAAACUGGAGCAGGUCAGCAUUUCUCGCCAUGCCUCCUUCCCCCCUGCCUCUGGCUUCUUUGAAGACUGGAAAUACGACUGACUUCCCAUAAACUCUGAGCCGAGAAGUGGCCCUGGAGCUGUAUCAUAGACUCUCUCCGUCUGCCUACCAGAGUUGUGCCUUUUCUCUCUCAGCCACAGUUUUGACUGUUGUACUGUCACCCAGCCAACACUCCAAAGAGCUGCUCGGGCCUCCCCUACUCUCCCACUAGAGGGCGCUCUGCAGAGGAAACUACACAGGGAAAAGUGGCUCUGAUUUUACUGAGAAUAUAAAAUGUUUUAUCAAAAACCA